AUGGCACGCGUGUCGGCUGCUUUGGUCACGUGCUCUGGUCACGCGACGGGAGCUAACGUUGGUGGCAGCAGCCCGAUGCAGCGUCAGCCCGCCUUCCCGGCCUUCUAUUAUGUGGCCGGCUUCUCGUCGCUCGCCUCGAUGACCAUGGGCACCAUCCUGGGCUACUCGGGCCCGGCGCUGGCUAGCUUGGCCGCCGACUCCAGUCCUAUUCGCAUGACUCCUUCCCAAGAGACCUGGUUCGGCUCAAUCCUAGCUGCCGGGGCCCUGGUGGGUAGUCUGGCCACCGGUUACCUGAUCGAGCGCUUCGGCCGCGUCCGAACCAUUCAGUACUCGUCAGUGGGCUUCGUCGCAGGCAGCCUCUGCAUCGCCCGCUGCGACGCCAGUCUGCCCUGGCUCUUCCUGGGCCGCGUUCUGACGGGCUUUUGCUGCGGUCUGGUGUCCCUCUCCGUUCCCGUGUUCGUGUCGGAGAUCAGUCCACCCCAGGUGCGGGGCCUGCUCGGAUCCUGCGUCCAGUUAGCCAUCACGUUGGGCAUCCUGCUCGUCUUCGUGUGCGGAAAGUGGCUGGACUGGCUCUCGCUGGCGCUCGUGUGCACAGUCUGCCCAGUGUUCAUGGCCAUCUCCAUGUGCUUCGUGGUCGAAUCUCCCCGGUGGUUGGUGGCCGUCGGCGAGCGCGACCGUGCACUGCAAGCGUUGCGCUUCCUGUACGGUCCCAAGUUCAGCGCCGAGACCGAAUGCCUGGCCAUCGAAGCCAACCUGGGCAGGCAGUCGUCUGCCACCCUACGCGACCUGGUACGCCGCAGCUUCUCUCUGCCACUCGUGUAUACGCUACUGCUCAUGUUCUUUCAGCAGUUCUGCGGCAUCAACGUGGUCACCUUCUACUCGGUGGCUAUCUUCGAAGCGGCCGGUUCCGACAUCCCGGCAGCCGACUGCAUAAUUCUGCUCGGAGUGGUUCAGGUGGUCGCCACGCUGGUCGCCACACUGCUCAUGGACAGAGCUGGUCGCCGCUUGCUCAUGUUCAUCUCCUCGUCCGCUGUUGCUUUCAGCCUCGUCGUGCUUGGAAUCUUCUACUACGUCAAAGACCUGGACAACGGUACAUUCAGUCACCGCUACCGCUACGUACCUCUCGCGUCCCUUACCACCUACAUCGCCGCCUUCUGCUUGGGCGUUGGACCCGUACCCUGGGUCGUCAUGGGAGAGAUACUUUCGCCAAGGGCUCGGGGACUGUCCACGGGCGUCAGCACAGCCUUCUGCUUUCUCUGCGAGUUCAUUAUCACCAAAGAGUUUCAGGAUCUCGUGUCCCUUUUUCAUUUUUCGGGACUCUUCUGGAUCUUCGCAAUCAUCACGCUUGUGCAAAUAGUCUUUGUGUACGUCUGCAUUCCAGAGACGAAGGGCAAGUCACUCGAGGACAUCAGCCAGCUAUUCCAAAGAACUCCUGAACUGAGUUCUAGCGUAACGACACUCGACACCGUGCCCCUGCACGGGAGCAGACUGACCCUUCAAGUCGCAUCACGCCCCUUCUCUGGAAAACAUGGCGGCGAUGUCAACAGCGAUAGAGGCGACGUCCACACUGCUACUGAUCAGCUCGGGGACCGAGGGCACUGCAGACUGUUUCACGCCGUUGUCAACGACGAGUGA